AUGUCAUGCUGUGAUCUCUGUGACUCCAUUCACACUGAAAAGAUGCACACUGCAGAUCCCAUCCCAAAAUCCACACGCAACCCCAACAAAAUCAAAAUUGAUGAAAAUCGGCAACUGACACCACUUGAUGUGGAGCUUGAGCAUAGGCUCAAAGAAUUUCGAGUGAAGCUUCACACCGAGUGGUGGAAAGACAUGGAAGAUCAUUUCCUUGGGCCGCACAUAUUUCUCAACCGCUCACACAUUCGACUCCUCUGCAACCUUGCAAGCGCGGGACCACUGACCACUGUUGACGAUCUUCAUAAUAACUUCAAGUGGAAUUGGAUGGAUGACCAUGGUACCACUCUUCUUGGUAUCAUUCACAAUGUCUAUGGGCAUUCGCCCCCGGCAGCGGUUCUUCCGGACAGCAACAAGAUCUCAGAAGUGGCAAUCACAUCGGAUGACCAUUCUGCCAUGUCUCAUGUAGCCAGUACUUCUUCUGAUUCCAAACCUCAUGCAAAGCCACGAGUCAAAAAAGGCCCGGGUAGUCAGCGAUGCAGCACUUGUCAGGGUUUCGGUCAUAAUAAGUCUAAUCCGCAAUGCCCUAAGAAGGUGCCUGCACCUCCGCUUGCCAGUUCAGACCCCUGUCAAAAACCCGAGUGUUGA